AUGAACUGGGUUGGCGGCGCAAGGAGCCGCGUCAAGAUCAGCAAGGAUCGUUUGAAACAGCAGAAGUUUUUCGAAGAUCGCAAGCGCGCUGCCGCAGUCGCUCAAGCAGUGCUCGGCAAUGCUUCCCGCGAACACAAGACGGCUCGACCCCUCCUUGAGAUCAGCAGUAACGAGAUCAGCAGUAACGAGAUCAGCAGUAACGAGAUCAGCAGUAACGAGUUGGGCGGGUCGCUAGACUUGCCCUCGGAUGCUUGCUCGAACGACGAGAAUGGACUGGAGGAUCUGUAUCGCUUCCGAGAGCAAUGGGCAGCCACAGCUGCAUCGGGCGGAGCAGGCGCUGAUCUCGAACGUCUCAAACAGCUCGAGAUUGCGCAUGCACAGACCCAGCAGUACCGCAUGCCACCGACUCUACCCGCCACGAGGCUUGGUCGUCGCACGUUUGUCGAUCUGGGUCGAGCUGCUCCAGCGGAGGUUGAGCUUGAGCUCCCAAUGUCCCCAAUUCACUCGCCCUCGCGCCUCGAGCUUGAAGCUGCUCAGGAGCCUGUGGUGCAAACAAAGGUUGUCCAUCAAACUCCGGGUCCUGCAGCUGCGAAAACUCGCUUCUCCGCCGUGCAAACCGGCCCUGCCAUUGACAAGGAGCGCGAAAGCACGGCAGUUGAAAGAUUGAUGGCCGUUCGUUUGCGGAUGGAAGCCGCAGUUCCCUCGCAGCCAGCCAUGGCAGCGGCGACCACAUCAGCCACACCAGCAGUGGCUGCCUUUGAAUCAGGUCCAUCUUUCGCUGUCUCGGAACCAACUCCAGAUCAAGCAAUCAGCGAUGCAACCAUUGCACGUCAGCUGCCUCAGCACGUGCCUUCCUGCAGUGUUGCUCUCCCUUCCGUGCCGUCUGCGGAAGAUUGGAUCCCGCCACAGCUAUUUGCCCGAUUUUCCAAGCGGCAAGCAUUGAACAGCCCUCCCAGUCCUGUGCCCGAGAAGAAAGAUUUGCAACAAGAACUCGACGCAGCGCUGAGUUUUGUGACCUGGCAGCGCGUCGUGCUGCGAUGCCUUCGCGACGACACUCGUUGA